AUGGCUACCGAUUUGUCGAACGUUAACGGCGGCGCCCCCAAAUCCCGUGCCGCCAUGCUGGAGGAACAGCAUGCACGCGACGAGGCGCACAGGCCCACAGUGGAGGACGUGCCUGAUGAGGAUGAUCUUCAGCACCCCCCUCCGUCGUCGGUGGCGAAGCCCGAGGCUACGCCGCAGGCACCAGCCCCGGCUGCCACGCCAUCGGUCCCGAAACCCGCUCCCAAGAAGGCUCCCGCAUUCGAUGUUCAGUCCGAGGAAUUGUUCCCUGCUCUGGGAAGCGGCCCUAAGCCUAAGGUUCCGACUGCUUCUGCCUGGGGUGCUAAAGGACCUUCCGCUGCCGCCGUCGCCAACGGUGCCCCCAUUGCUGCGCAAGCAGCUCCAGGUCUCGAUAUCCCCAGAAUCAUGAGUCUUCCCGGAAAGCACAUGGAACAGCUGCGUCUGGUUCCUUCCCAGAUGCUCCCCCGCGGUCAGCUGAAGAAACCCCUUCGCGAUAUCCUGCGUGAUAUCUCCAAGCGGUCCAAGGCCAACGUUGAUAUGCGCGGUGGACCUGGAGGUUCUAUAAUCUUUGAGGGUAAAGGCUCGGUGGAUGCCGUGAGACAAGCCCUCAAAGAGGUGGCGCAGCAGGUUGGAUCCAAGCAAUCUGUUCGUGUCCCGAUCCCCACAUCUGCUCGCCCUCAUAUCAUCGGUCGACAAGGUGUGGUUGUUCAGGACAUCCAGCAGCGGACCGGCGCGCGCGUGCAGGUCCCCCGUGCCGAGGAUCCUGCCGCCGGUGAAGAAGAUGAUGACACCGACACGAUUGACGUCACGAUCGAAGGUGACGCUGUUGCCGCGGAGAUGGCCCGCCGAGAGAUCGAGGCAAUUGUGAAGGAGCGUGCCGCCAACAUGAGCCUGCGACUCAAGACUAUCCCGCCCGAGUUCUUCCCCUUCAUCGCGGGUGCUCACAAUGCCAACCUCCGAGACAUCGAGGAGCGCACGAAGGCGCAAGUCCACGUGCCCCGUUAUGAUACCUGGCUUAGCCAGCCCCCGCCCCAGGAGGCCGAGCCGGGUCAGGUCCAAUUUGUCCCGGUCCCCGAGAAGAACAUCCACAUCUCCGGAGAGCGGGCUGCCGCACAGGAAGCCCGCGCUGAGGUUGAGCGACUCGCUGCUGAUCUGCAGCGCCGAUUGGCCCUGCGGCAAUUGGCUAUCAACCGUGGUCAGCACCAGUUUAUCCUCGGCGAUAACGCCGAUGCGCUGCACGAAUUCCUCGCCGACACCGGAUGUGCCAUCGUGCUGCCUCCUGCAUCCGACGAGAGCGAAUUCCUCACCAUCACUGGUCCCCUUGAUCGGAUCGAGAGUGGAAUCAACCGGGCUAUGGAUCUCGCCACGAGCAUGCAGAUGGCUAGCAUCGACUUGUCCCGUCAACACCUGAACGCUCCUGCAGGAGCGAGUGCCCACGCUCGUGCUCUCACUCGGUACUUGAGACAGCGCCAAAUCAUCAAGGAGCUGGAGAACUUAUACGAUGCCCGUAUCGCGCUUCCCCCCAGCUCUGACGGUCCCGUCACCUGGGAAGUGUACUCCCGAGAUGGCAAGAACACUAUCCGCGCCCGGUCCGACAUCAUGAACCUUGUCCAAGCGCACCCCCCGGCCCGUAUCCGUUACGUCUCCGUUGAUCCUUACUUCCACCCGUACCUGCGCUCGCGCAGUAUCGCCAAGCUCCGCAGCGACUACGGUGUGCAGCUCUUGGUUCCCGAAGAGGUCGACAGCUCUGACGUCAUUCUCGUUUACGAGGGUCCGUCUGCUGCUGCCGCCCAGGCCGAAGUCUCGCGCCAACGUCCUUCUGCGGCCGAACUCGCCGCCUUCGAGAAGGGUCUUCAAGAAGCCCAGGCCUACCUUUUGAGCACGCUGGGUGACCAGAAUGACGUGGUGGCCAAAUCCGUCAACGUCCCAGGUAAAUACCAGGACAAGGUGCGUAAAUUCAUCGUUCGUGACCAGGAGGUCAAGGGUGAAGACCAGAUCCCUGUUCGCGCCAUCGUCAGUGACACGAAGGGCGCUCGGGACUGCGAGGUCUCCCUGCGUGGUCCUUCCGGUACAGUGGGAGACCUGAUCUCCGCCCUCCAAGCAUUCGUCGUGGAGCAGGAGAAGGACGACCUCGAGCGCGGCUAUACUACGACAUUCGACUUCCCCCAGAAGUAUGCCAACUUCCUCAUCGGCAAGAAGGGCGAGAACAUCAACAAGUUGCGCGAGGAAUUCGACGUUGACAUCAAGGUGGAAAAUGGCAAGGUUGAGGUGAAGGGCCCCAAGGCCAAGGCCGAUGCCGCCAGGAUGAGAAUCAUCAACCUGGGCAAGAAGCUGGAAGACGAGACGACCCAUAUUCUCAAAAUCCCUGCCCAGUACCACCGCGAGUUGAUUGGACAGAAGGGAAGCCAGGUCAACCGGCUCCAGGACCGCUAUGCUGUCCGCGUCCAGUUCCCCCGGGCAGCCGUUGCCGACGACGAGACCUCCAGCGAGGCGGGGCGCCCCAGCCGUCCUCAACAGGCUGCUGAUGAAGUCCUCGUGAAGGGCCCCAGCAAGGGUGCCGACUCUGCUCGCGAUGAGAUCCUCAGUCUGUUGCAGUGGGUGAUUGACCACUCUUUCUCGGCCACCGUGUCCGUGGCCCAGUCGCAGAUUCCCUCUCUGAUCGGCCAGCGCGGCCGUGAGAUGGACAAGCUGCGGGCUGACACCGAGGCUCAAAUCGAUGUCCCUGGUGUGAACGAUGCGCCCGACGCCUCGGGCCGCGUUCAAAUCAAAAUCAAGGGUACCAAGAAGCAGGUCGAGGAGGCCAAGAAGAUCCUGCAGCAACGAUCCAACCAGUUCGAUGCUAUCGUGACCAAGACUGUUGAGGUCGACAAGAAGCACCAUAAGUCCCUGAUUGGCGGUGGAGGUGCCAACAUUCGCAAGAUUGUUUCCGACGCUGGCGGUCCUACUGAUGGCAGCGCCUCUCGCAUCGUCCGAUUCCCCCGCCCGGAGAGCAGUGACACCGCGAUCAAGCUUGAAGGUGAGGGCGCGCUUGUCGACAACAUCAUCGCUGCCAUUGAGGAGUUCGUCAAGGAGCGUGAGGACCAGGUGACAGCCAGCCUCGACGUUCCCCAGAUCCAGCACCGCCUCCUCAUCGGCCGCGGAGGUGACACCCGCCGGGAUAUUGAAUCGAGGUUCAAUAUCACCCUGGAUAUCCCCAAGCAAGGCUCUGGGCGCACCGACAUCAAGAUCAAGGGUCCCAGCAACGCCGUCGGCGACGCGAAGGAGCACAUCCUCGCCAUGCUCAAGGACCAACAGGGUGAGUCGGUCGACGUGCCCCGCCACCUCCACCACGCCGUCUCCGACAACGGCGCCUUCUUCCGUCGUCUCCGCAACGACUACAAGGUCACCGUCGACCAUGCCGGCCAGCAGGUGCCCGCCAAGCCCGUUGUCGAGGACUCACGCGCCGCGGUCAACGGCGGCGGCUCUUCCAUGCCCCUGAUCACCGACGAGCCCAGUGAGUCCCUCGACGCCCACUCGUGGAAGGUCAUCGACAACAGCCCCCCGGCCGCCGCCGACCCGACCCAGCCCGCCACCAUCCCCUGGGUGCUCGCGGGUACCGGCGACAAUGUCACCCGCGCCAAGGCCGCCCUCGAGAAGGCCAUCUCCGCCGCCUCGCAGCAAUCCGCCACCGGCUACCUCAUCCUCCCCGACCCCAAGACCUACCGCUUUGUCGUCGGCCAGGGCGGUAGCCAAAUCAACGCGAUCCGGAAACAGACCAGUUGCCGCAUCAACGUCCCCAAGGACCAGGCCAAGGGCGAGGCCAUCGAAAUCAAGGGCGGCAAGGACAACCUCGAAGAAGCCAAGGAUAUGAUCCUGGAGGCUGUCCGUGCCGGUCUGGAGGGAAACUCCCGGUAA